AUGGUGCGCGCGUAUUCUUCGAACCUGAGGGGCGCACUGUACCACUAUAUAAGCAGUGGGACGCCAAGACCACACCGCAAACGCACGGGCGCAGCCACCAGUUCGAGCUCUUUCCUCUACCAGCCAUCGCCGCGGGCCGCUGCGGUCCGCAGAAGCGCACAACUUCCUCGACAGCACUUAAGACAUGGAGAGUCCUUCCAAGCCCAGCCCGGCUAGCACUAGCUACGGCACCCCCAGAGCCAGCGACACGGAGGAACAACUAUAUGAUGCGCAGCCCACCGUGGCCUGUGCGCUUGCCGCAGGAGUAGACGGCGAGGAAAAGACAUCCGACCCUGAGCACGCGCAGCCCACCGUGGCCCCGGCGCUUGCAGCAGGAGUAGACGGCGAGGAAAAGACAGCGUCCGACCCUGAGCACGCGCAGCCCACCGUGGCCCCGGCGCUUGCAGCAAGAGUAGAAGGCGAGGAAAAGACAGCGUCCGAACCUGAGCACGCAGCCGAAGCAGAGAGCAACCCCGUCACAGGAGCGCUCAGCAGCUCGUACAGCGAAAAUGUUGCGAAAGAGGGCGGCCCCGAGGCGCCCCAGGGAGGGCAGGAGGAGCCACCCCCCGCGGCGGCGGCGGCCGAGCUACUGCCCCCGGUGAGGCAGCGCCGCGGCCGCACCGUGUACACGCAGUACCAAGUGCAAGAGCUGGAGGCAUUUUUCUACCGCAUUCAGUACCCCGACGUGUUUGCUCGGGAGGAGCUUGCUGCACGCCUGGAUUUGACUGAAACCAAAGUGCAGGUUUGGUUUCAGAACAGAAGGGCCAAAUGGAGGCGCCAUCAGAGAGCACAGAUGUUGAGAAAUAUGCAGCCCGUAUUCCUGGAUCCCGGCAUGGGCGUAUUCUUCAAUGGGCCCUAUAACGUUGUACAUGCUGUGGAUCCUGCUUGGGGAUAUGGUCCUGUAGUGCCGCAGCCCAUCAGGCCCCCUAUGCUGCCCAUGGUGCCUAUGCCACAUAGGCCACUGAUGAUGCAUAUUCCUCCCGGGGCACCUGUGCCUCCCUUUGGCAUGCCGCCUAUGGGUAUGGGGUGGGGCCCCGCCAUGCAUGAUCCUUUCGGGGAUCACAUGUGGUAAAGUUUGUUCUUCAUAACAGUUUUUCCAGAGGUUUUCUGCCAGUUAUAAAUUGUUGCAUUGUAUAGCACUUAUAGUAAUUUGUUAAAUACCUGUUAAGUGAAGUGUGUAAAGGAACAAAGUUAGUGCCUUAUUGUUUUCUGUAACCUACAUGACUGUACAAUAAAGAUGUGAAU